UCCUCUGUUUUUUUUUUUGUCUCUCAGAAGAAGAACCUGCGCCUUCUCCUCAGUGUGUUUCUCCUGGGCUUCUGGGGUGUCAUCCUUCUAGCCUGUCGUCUUUACUGGAUGGGCAACAAACCUCCGAACUUCUCGAACUCGGACAACCCUGCGGCCGACUGUCCCUGUUUCCUCACUAGAACCCUAACCUUCCUCUUCCUGCCCGCUAUUAAUGUCUGGCUCCUCCUCUGCCCUGACAUGCUGAGUUUUGAUUGGUCGAUGGACGCCCUGCCUCUGCUGAGGAGCAUUGCCGAUUGGCGAAACCUCCACACUGUUGCCUUUUACACCUCACUUCUAUCUCUGGCCUGGUUUGGACUUCACCUUUACCCAACAAAAAGCAAAGAAACCAAUGGUAAAGCCCAUCAUGUAGCAAAUGGAAAGUCCUCAAAUGGACACAGUUGUAGCACUGACUAUGAAAACUCAACUUUCUACUCAAACUCAGUGCAGAUGAAUGGAACAAAUGGUACUGUAAAGCACUAUUCAUCAUCUUUACCCACUACUGAAAGUUUGGUGGUCUUUUCAUUGGGUUUAUUAGCCAUUCCUUUCAUCCCAGCCACCAAUCUGUUCUUCUAUGUUGGUUUUGUGGUGGCCGAGCGAGUGCUGUACAUUCCUAGUAUGGGCUACUGUCUGCUGGUGGCUUUAGGAAUGAGGUGUUUAUAUGUCCGACUAAGGAGAAAGUCCUCUAGAACGUUGGUGUUGGGCUGCUCUGCUGCGCUGGUUCUUCUCUUUGGAAUUAAGACGGUGUUGAGGAACCGAGACUGGCAGAAUGAGGAGAUGCUAUACAAGUCAGGGAUAUCUGUGAACCCUGCCAAAGCCUGGGGCAACUUGGGAAACGUCUUGAAGAACCAGGGGAAGGUGGAGGAGGCUGAGCAAGCCUACAGAAAUGCUCUGUACUACCGAAGGAACAUGGCCGACAUGUUGUAUAACCUGGGUCUGUUGCUCCAGGAGAACAGCAGGUUUUCAGAGGCCCUUCACUACUAUAAGCUGGCCAUUGGGAGCAGGCCAACACUGGCUUCCGCCUACUUGAACACAGGGAUUGUCCUGAUGAACCAGGGCCGUCUCGAGGAAGCCAAGCGCACUUUUGUGACUUGUGCUGAGAUCUCAGAUGAAAACCUGAAGGAUCCGCAUGCACACAAAAGCUCGGUUACCAGCUGCCUCUAUAACCUUGGGAAGCUGCUUCAUGAACAGGGCCAUCAGGAGGAGGCUAUAUCUGUUUAUAAAGAAGCGAUACAGAAGAUGCCUAGGCAGUUUGCCCCGCAGAGCCUUUAUAAUAUGAUGGGAGAGGCCUUCAUGAGGCUGAACAAACUCACGGAGGCAGAACACUGGUAUAAAGAGUCCCUCCGAGCCAAACCUGACCAUAUACCUGCACACCUCACAUACGGCAAGCUCCUGGCUAUGACGGGUCAAAAAACGGAAGCAGAGAAGUUCUUUCUCAAGGCGAUUGAGCUGGACCCUACUAAAGGAAACUGCUACAUGCAUUAUGGUCAGUUUUUGCUGGAGGAAUCGCGGCUUUUGGAGGCCGCUGAAAUGGCAGAGAAAGCCGCGCAGCUGGACACUGAAGAAUUUGAUGUGGUUUUCAGUGCAGCUCACAUGCUCAGGCAAGCCAGUCUCAAUGAUGCAGCUGAGAAAUACUACAGACAAGCUGCCAGCCUGAGACCCAAUUAUCCAGCAGCUCUCAUGAAUCUUGGAGCGAUUCUGCAUCUCAACGGCAAACUUCAGGAAGCAGAAGCCAAUUACCUGCGAGCCCUGCAGCUAAAGCCGGACGACACCAUCACUCAGUCCAACCUGCGGAAGCUUUGGAACAUCAUGGAAAAACAGGGCUUGAGGACCAUGGCACCUUGACUUGGACACGUUUGAUUACUUCUUCACCUUCGCUGAGGUUGUAACAAAGAUGUUCUCUUUGAGCUCUCACUAGUGAGGUAAUCGACAUCCUAGGGCUGAUAAAGAACUUCUUCAAAACCUGGGUUACCUCAUGUGACACUUAAAUGUCUGACAAAACGGAACAUUCUGGAACAGUCUAGACCUGCGGCACUCACCAGACAUGCCGGGAGUCUUUAACUUGAAGUGGCCCAUAGAUACAUACUUGAAGUCUCAUGCUAAAUUAGAUGGCAAUUAGUUAGUCGACUCAUAAUAGUCUUGAAGGGCAAUAUUUGUCCUGAGGCUGAAUGAAAUUGAGAAGGAACGAGUGCUACAACCCCCAUGAGGCUAUACUCUGCAUGUACAGUACAUUUCCAUGUCAUUUCUCCAUUCUUAUGAUUGGAAUCAUUAAUAUUUAAUGAACACAUCAUGACGGAAACAUGUAGAUGCUUUAAAAAAAAAGCGUACAGUCUGAAUAUCACAAAAUAAUAAGAAAAGGCCAAACAUGUUCUCAUGAAAUCAUUCUCACUGCGAAAAAAAAAUAAUUAUAUAUAUAUCCAUCGUGUCAAAAUGACUUGUGAGGUUGUAAAUGUAUUGACACUGUAAAUAUGAGCACGGAUGAUUUGUGAAGUUUGGUUUUUGUGAUCUGGAAUUUCGUUUGGACAUUUAUAGUAUGUCGAUAUUUCAUCAAUCCAUACAUGCCAUGCCCACAACACUCGAUAACUUGUGGGAUCAACAGAUUGAAUCCAUAUAAAUGCCAAAAAUGACAGGAAAGGAAAGUUCAGUAAGCUAUGUAGCCUGUAGGACAUCUUAGUGAAAUGAACUUGCAAGCUCUCUUUGCCUUACUUUGCAAACAUUUUGUUUUUAACUAAUUUGAAACGGGGAUGAGAAUUUUAAGAUAUUCAUCAGACUGUUUUUUUUUUUAACUGUUUCACUACUAUCCAAAAGUUUGGGAUUUGGGAUGAGUAUUAUUUUAAAGGGGUCAUAGUCUCUAUACUCAAAAGACAUUGUCACAUAUCAGAUAUGCUGUUUAAAAUAUUUGACAAAUAUGCCCCCGACUGUUGACACAACAUUGAGAGACACAAACAAUAUUUGGACAUUUUUUAACAAUUAUGUACCAUUCAAUCUGACAUCCUCCUUUCUGUGCACACAUCAUGUCUCACAGGACUUUGAAACCAAUGCAGAUGUUUUGUGUGUUGCUGUUAGAGUAACUGAGGCACUAGCUGUAAAAGCUCCACCCUCUUCUGAAAAGUAGGUGUGGAGCAGCAUUUCAUUAGCAUUUAAAGUGACACUUGUGAAAACAAGAAACAGAUUCCAAAUAAUGGCACACUGUACACUUACAGCAUGGUGUUCCAUCUGUUGUUACUAGAUGAAACUUCACAGACACAUUCAUGAGAAACCUGUAAGUUAAAUGGUAUUUUGUAAAAUAUAUACAGUUGAAGUCAGAAUUAUUAGCACCCCUGAAUUAUUAGCCCCCCUGUU